AUGACCCCACCCGCCGUGAUGGGACAGAAGAAAUCGCCAUCGUCGAGCGUCGAGAAGCCUUUCGAAGGCGAUUGUGAGGGAUCCAUCCCCUCUGCUGGAGCCCAUGGAAGCUUCGUGACAGUAUGGCGUCAGGCAGUCGAGCGUGGAGGAGCCCUUCGCCCAUCCUCAGGCUGUCUCCGACCGUCUCCCGAUGGUCGGUACCUGGCGUGCUCGACGGGCGGAACGAGCCUCUGCAUUCUGGACGCAGUAGCCGUCACGGAUCCGGCUCGGCGUUUGCCUUUCUCCGGCCACGGAUCGGCGGUGGUUUCAGUUCUCCGUCCGCUCCAUCACCCGCCUCCACCGUCUAACCCCCCCAAUGUCGCGUGCUCCACUUCUCCCUCGUCUUCUUGUUGCCACGGCAAGGCUCGGGCAGCAGCCCCCGAAACGGACGCCUCUUCUUCUGCAGGCGUUGUAUCGACGUCCCGUUCGCGAGGGCACCGAGGCGCGACGGCUGAGGUUUUUCGUAUGCUAAGAGGAGCCUCUGAAGAUCCAGGGAACCGCAGGUUUCGAUCUUACUGCUGGAGUCCACCUCUUCUUUCGCGCUACAAUCCGCGUCCUGAGCAGCCGCAUCUGGACCUGAGCGCGUGCCUCCUCUGUACUGCCACUCGCGACGGAAGCAUCGCGCUGUGGGGCGUGCCCGAAGGGCGGAGCCCCAUCCCACGCUCUCUCGCUUUGCUUUCUGACCUCUCUGAAAUUUGGAACGCAUCACUGCGUCGCGCGGCCGAGCCGACGCGCGCGGCGCAGAGCGGGGGAGGGCGAGGACAGCCUGAACCGUCUGCGGAGGGAUCAAUACUGAACGUGAAAAAUGCAAGCCGCUCGCAGCCACUCUGCUACUGGUGGACUGUUUGCGCGGAGGCGGAAGCCAGCACUGGGGAUGCAGGCGAGGAGAAUCCCGUGGGAUGUGGCGCAGUCGACCUUUGCGGCGAAGCCGCUGCGGCAGGUGGGCACGCCACCGCCGAUGAGCGUGUGCGCAGACAUGAACCGGGGCGCGUGCCUUCUCGCGCUGACGGUGGAGCACGCGGUGAACCUGCCUGUGGCGCAACGCCGCAGCACGAAGGCGGUUCUGCUCCCUCUCCCCGCAUGCCCGUCUUCGGAGAAGGGGGAGUUUUCGUCUUGGGUGCCUGUGCCAACCUUGUUCGCAUUCUCGCUUGGAAAGAGCCGCUUGUCGCAUUUUCCUCCAGCGCGGCUUUGCCUGUGCUUCUCCGGCUCGGCCGGAAGAGUCGAUGUGCUAGACUGAGCUUGGCAGACAGUUCCCUCGAGCAGAAGCGCUCGGAGUCUGCGCGGUCGGAAUCCGCGCCGCAUGCAGAGGCUUCCGGGUCUCAGGCAGACGACGCGGUGCGAGCGAGGUGCUGCAGAGCAUCUGAGCGGGAAAACGGGAGUCCUCACCGCUCGGCUCGAUCCGAACCGGAGCGAUCCGGCUCGAGCGCUUUUGCCGGCGACGCUGGCGUUGAGCGAGACGCGGCAGGAAGCUCACAGCCAAAAGGCGACUUGCAGGUGGAAGCGGAAACUGUUCGUGGCUGUAUCUGCGCCGUGGCGGGGCCGCAUGCGAUUUCCGUUUUCUGGCUGUCCAACCGACGAACCGCGCUUGAGUUCUGCGCGGAUCGCGAGGCAGACCUGCAGAGGCGAGCAAAUGAAGACAGCCUCGACAGCGCGCACCCUACACGAGGGGUGUGGAAUCGGCCAGAAGGCCCACAAGAGGGUAUGGAGAGGCAGCAGGCGACCGCGGACGCAGUGGGCUGUGUUCAAAGGACACUUCGCAGAGACGGUGGUUGUUCAUUGGCGCAGACAGGGCACGAAGCACGCGCAAGUGCGGCAAUGAGCGAAGACUGUCCGACGCCAGCGGCGAACAUGAAGGCGGGAAAGAGACGAAAAGUGUCCCAGAGAGGCAGCGGCGGGCGUACCUCGGGAACGGGAGGCCCCUGGCGUGCUGCCGCGGAGCAAACAGAUGAAGAGGGCGAGGACGGACAAGAAGGGCAGGAGGGCGGCGGCACGAGCCCAGCAGUUGGCGUACAAGGAGGCAAGGAGAGAGCGGGUGUCGCUUCGCUCACGGAAGGCGGAGGGUCGCGUCGAGACCCCAGGGAGAAAAAAGACCGGCGAGGGAAGAGGGGCGCUUCCCUAGAACCAGUCGAUGAGAGAGAGAAAGCAGACGCAGAGAACGCAGACCAGAUACGCAGAGCCUCGAGCAAAGCGACUGCAUCUGCUCCGCCUGAUGCGAAGGCCAAACGGCCCGUCAGGGCUUGCCGCAGUCGCGCGACGUUUCGAGUUGUAGACAGCGACGACGCCUCCAGCGACAGUGGGAACUCCGAUGAGGCCCGCGAGGACGCCCUCGGUGGACCGAGGAGUGCCGCUAGACGUAAAGGGAGCGAAGGUGUGAAGAGGCCGACGCGGAAGGGACGAAGCAAGGCAGAGGAGAGGAGUCAGGUGCGCGGACCUGCAAGAAAACGAAAGCGGAAAAUGAGCAGCGACGACGAUCUGUAUCACGCAGAGAGUUCUCCGGAGUCGAGUAGUGACGAAGACGACUUGGAAGAAGAAUCUCUUGACGACGGCAGCGACGUCGGACAGGAGGAUUCGGACGAAGAAGACCGAGGCCGAUCCGCGAGGAAAAACGGCCGUGAGAGUGUAAAGGGACGGAAGACAUCCGCGCACAAGGAAUCGAAGGCUGCAGCCCGAACGAAGGGCUUCGCGGAGUCGCACCACCCGACCCAGCGCAAUUUGGCAGGAUCGGAAUCCCCACAGCCGCGCACGUGGCGGCAGCUCGCCAGCGCCGCGCAGCACGCCGAGGCACAGCGCCUGCUUUCUGCUGCGGUGACCAGUGCGCCUCAACAGGAGGGAACGAGAAGAGGACGGAACGAGGAGACGGACGCUCGUGAGCCGUUCGCCCUGCUGGUCCAAGUGCUGCUCAUGCCGGGGAGUUCCAAGAAUUCCAAAGACUCGCCACUCUCGUGGGAGCCGAACUGGAGACAGGCAAUUAGUGACAUUGCACUCACGCCCUUGACCGCGGAGUCGACAUCGCUGCUUCACCGAAACCGCUCCACCCCGGAGGAAGAAACUGUGGAGAGCGUCGAGACCGUCUUCCAUUUUCAGGUUCUCGCCACAACGUGUAAUGGGUCUCUCCUAGCUUUUCCGUGUGGGCUGGUUGUGCGUUCGAGAGAGUCGCGUCUGGCGGGCUCCGUGCCUCGGGACGAUGCAGUCAUACAGAUCGUUCGCUGCACUGCUGCGCCUCCUCAGCUGUUGCUUUCGAGUCUCGGCGUGCCUGCCGUCCAUCUGCACGUUCAGCCCUUCCUACCGUUUUUCGGUCGCGGAACUUCACGGUUCGCGGGUUCGCAACUCGCCAGGGCGUCGCACCCGACGCCUUCCCGCGGGGCCGCGUUUGGAAAGGCGGCGGAUAAUGAACAGGGCAGGCGCAUGCCCCGUCGAGCCGUGGUUGGGGACGGGACGCAUGCCAGAGAAGUCACCCUCGGGGCGGCGCCGUGGCUGUGGGCGGUGUGCGCAUGCGGCGAACUUGUGAGGGCUGUCGUUUUUGACGGCCACAGGUGGAUGGGGGCUCCGCAGAACGGAUGGCCAAAGAGGUCGACACACCUGAGAGCUGGACGCUUUGAGGAUCAGACAAACGCUGGGAAACCGUGUCUGGAUGCGCACUCUCCCUCUGGCCGACCGGACGGAUUUUCCAUCCCACCAGCCCGGGAAGCAAAUGGAACGUUUCUACCAGUGCAGAGAGCGGGGGAGGUGUCUAGGCGUGGACUCCCAGCCAAGCCCAGCGACCGCGGAGGCGUCCCUGUCGUCACUUCUUUCGUGUCUCUUGUGCCUCUCAACCACGUCCCUGCCAAUGUGUGGGACGCGGUCUCGCCGUUUCUGCCGGCGCUGCAGUGUAGGACUGCGCCGAAUUUCUCACCCGUCGAAAGAAACGCGUGGCUUCCACAGGCCUCUCUGUUAGCAGUUGAUUCUUCCGGUGUCACCGUCACUUUUGUUCUAGGAUCGCUUUCCCGUGGCCCGCACACUUCGCCUCCAGGUUCUCACCGAGGCCACGCACCCGCUGUGGACUUGUGCUGGACGCUCGUUCGACUCACACAGUCUACAGGCUCUGUCGCCGAAACAGCUGGUGAGGGCUCUCUGUUGCACCCGCUGGCCUGUGGAGCGCGGCGUCCCCGACACAAGUUAGCCGAGACGCACACGCUUGGUGAUGAAGAUCGAUGUGGAUCUCGACCUUGUGGGCUUGAGUCGAGGGUGGGGGCGGCUGGGUCAGCCGAACAGACUCCGAGCAUCGCAGCCGUGUAUGCAGCAGCAGCCCGGGAAGCAGGGUUCCGUGUUGAUGCUGACUCCCCACCGGGCACUAGCGACGAGGAGACCCACGUGAGGCGCGAGUUACGCGGCUCCAGAAACGAAAGGGGAAGCCUACGAGAAGAGGCUGGCGCGCGCGAGAGGAACGGUGGCCCGUAUGGUGGAGGGGAACCGACCGUUUUCGACGACGGGAAGAAUCUAGGUGUUCUCUUGAGCGAGAUGCGCGGCCGGUCUGCCCACCAACUCCAAGUGAUGCAGCAGCUCGGCAAGCUCAGACCGCGCAGCAUGCAGGGACAAGAUCAGCGACUGCACAGGAGUGGAGGCGCGUCCUGUGGACGAAGCACUGUACUGGGACUCACCGUCUCCUCGUCAGGGGCCGUGCUGUUCUCUCUCACGCUACACCAGCAGGUGUACGUACACGUCGCAGUUGCACCCAUGGCUGUUUCAGCCACCGAGCUCCUUUUGACGGCGUGGCAGCGGCAUUGCCAGCAAGCGCGCGCGGCUCUAUUUGCGUUGCUGUUGCAGUUCCCGCUGAAGAGUUCGGUCCUUCCAGAGAUUGCAGUGAAGACUGUCCCUGGCCCCUGCGAGGCUCGCCACACGGUCCCGGGCAGCGAGCAGAGAAACGCGCCGCCUUCUCCAGAAGCAUGCAGUGAUGGUGGCAACGGGGACGGCGCCCCUUGUUGUUUUGGGGGGACCCAGGUGGCUUUCGACGGAGCCGAUACGCAGAGUUCCUUCCCCUCUGGGUCGCGUGGGGCAGCUCUCCCUCCGUCCCUUCCGCGGGCUUCGCUAGAGUUUGUCGAUUCCGUUUCUCUCUGGGAACUCGCGUUUUUCCUUCACGGUCCGACGCAGCCUGCAUGGUCCGCGAUGUCGUCCUUGGCGUCCGACCCGCGGCCAGCGGCAGCUCCGAAACGCCGACAAGGACAGCAGAGCUCUGGAGUGGCCUCACGUUUGACGUGGGAGGACGCCGAGCUCGAAGAAGAGUUGUCGACUGACUUGCUUCAUGACCGUGAAAGCGUCGACGGGUUCAGCGGGGACGAGGAAUCGCUUGGGCGGUGUGUGUAUCGCAGUUCGAACGGCCUCGCUUCAGAGGGUGGCGAAUGGGCGUUCGGGAACUGGGCCACGGAGUGGACCGGCAAACUUGGAGCAGAGGCAACUGGGCGGGCAGAUAUCUCUCCGCGAUUCAGCCAUCAGUGCGAUGGACCAGGAGGGGGGUGGGACGGCCGCGACCUAAUGCAGCGCUGGUUGUGUCAACGCACCACGGGGCUUCGCAUGCUGGAGGACGGUUCGGUGUCUUGGGGUGCCAGCGUGAAACCCGAGGACGUUCCAUCUGUAGCUGCAGAUCUCCUGAGAACGGCAUUUUUACAGGCCCUCUCUCAGUGCAGCUCGGAUGGCCUUGCUUCCGCCGCAUGCUUGGAUGAGGCCACCGGGUCUGUGGACGACCUCGUGGAGCGGCAGCCAAACUCAGCACAGCGGGAGACUGCCGCGGCCGCGGUGCAUGGCGUGGAUGACUGUUCAUUCGCCCGGUGCGACGACGCCUGCGCGGUACGCUCCAGCCUGUCUCAGGAGGCAUCAGAGGAAAAUUCAAAGUGUUCCCUCCCACCUCCCGAGGUUGACAUGAGAGGACGAGUGCUCCUGGGUGCGCUGCUUUUAGCAGCCGACUCCAUGGCGGACACCUUCAGUUUCCAGCGUCGCCUCCUCACAAUUGUUCAGAGAGCUGGUCUUGCCGCUCUGGCGGCGCCAAGCUCGACAGGCGCCGAGCGGCUCGCACCUCUGACUUGUUUGCUUCGCCAUCUGCGACAAGGCGUCGACGGGCUAAAGCUGCACAGCUCCGGUUCCUUCACUGUGGCUUCCGCGCAUGACACCAGCGCCGCGUCCCAAGCAGGAAGGGGCGAGGAGUCUGCGUCCAGAGGGCGGGAUCGCGAGACGCCUCCGCGCCCUGAUUCAGGCGCAGCCACCACGGCGGUGGGUGAGUUGGGAUGUGAAGCCCAAGAGAGUUAUUCGGAAAAACACCAGCAGUGUGUCCACAACUGCCAGGUGCGGAGGUGGGCGGGCCUGCUGUGGCACUGGGAAAGAGUCAUGGACCUCGCUUCUGCCUGGCUUUCGACGGUAGCCGCCACAGGCGGUGGACAGUCCGGCAGAGCCACGCUCCGGUGCGAAGCAAAUGCGCCCACAGGAGACCCCUUCGAUGCGUCAACUGGGUCUGCUCAUCACGUCGCUGAGUCGCACAUGCGGGCAGUUGACCGGGUGUUCCUGCUGCAGCGUCUGGCCGCAGUUAGCAGUUUGUGCCAGCCUCCACCUGUUUGCCAUCCGUUUUCCUCUCGCGGCGCUGAACACGUCGCUCGCAUGCAUCGUGGCCGAUACACACCUUCCAUUUCCCCAACGCUCGUCGAAUCACCGCAGGCCGGGUCUCCGUCGAGGGACCUGGGCAUGGCAAAGACCAUAGUCCCGUCUCAUGCCAGUUCGUCGUCAACGGCGAAGACAGCGGCGCGUCGUGCAGCAGCCGGAGAGACGGUGGGAAUGGUAGAGCGCCGGAAAGCGGCGUUCGACUUACCUAGAAAACUGCGGGGUGCGCUCGUCGAUGUUUUGAACCAUUUUUGGAAGUGUUCGAGCUCGAAGAAGGAAACCUGUUCACGGGAUAGUCACGAAGGCAAUCCACUUUCGGGAAGCCAGCAACUCUCGUCCAAGUGUCUGCGCGGCCAACGCGGCGCCUACUCUGGAGCUUUCAGGAUCACUCUGCAAUUCCCGGAUUUGUUCCAAGUGCCACGUUUAGAGGACAAUGCGUCUGGCGGAGGGCCUUCAGCUCCAGACUGGCCGAGGAGAGAAAAACCAUCCGUUGUUGGAGAGCGAGAGAAAACGUUUGCACAUGGUUUGCCAGGCAUUUCCCCCGGAGUGGACGGGUUGCAGACAUCCGGCGAAAUCGAUUCAGAGGUCAACAUUGAGAACGUCGAAGAAGGAACCGCUUCCGUGAAGGCGCUAUACUUGUGUCUCAUUUGUGGAACACAGGCCGAGCUGGUCCUUUUCAGACGUACUGAGGAUAACGCCAGGCGGCAUGAACCCGACCUGCUGAGUCCUGGGCCGCCGGGGCAAAACGCGAACCGCCGCGAAGGUUGGGUCGGGGCAGACGGCUGUCUCGCAACAUCUUGCGGGACGCCUCCCGCAAGAGAUGCAGCGGACGCCGGUAGGCAAGGAAAGCUGCGUGGUGUGCAAGAGGCAAGUCGCCAGGCUAUCUGGCUGCAGAUAGGUUCGGCUUUAAGUGGUGGCGGUGCCGCGUUCAGUUGCCCCCUGUGUCGAGGCGACCUGUGUCGGGCUGACUAA